AUGUCUAUUUCUUCAGCCGGAUUUCAGACCACUGAAAAUGCCGCCAUUGACGACACGGUCGCCGGCAUGCUCGAUUACUCCGGCCAGCCAGCCAAGAGAUCGACAUCGGGAUACCGGCGAUCUGCCUAUUUCACUAUAGGUGCUGCGGUGGCAGAGAAAUUUGCUUAUUUUGGAAUAAGUUCCAACAUAAUAACUUAUCUUUCGGGGCCUCUUAGGCAGCCAACGGCAAUUGCGGCUGCCGAAGUGAAUAUAUGGUCAGGCACUGGCCUUCUACUGCCACUUUUGGGUGGUUUUGUAGCCGAUUCAUUUGUGGGUCGAUAUUGGACCAUUGUAUUUUCUUCUGUGGUCUACAUUUUGGCACUUGGGUUGUUGACUCUAUCAGCCAUGCUUAACAGCGAAAGACCUAAUCACCUUCAAGUUUUCUUCUUCUUCUUCUCGCUAUAUUUAGUGGCAUUCAGUCAAGGUUUGCAAAACCCCGGUAUCAUGGCUUUGGGGGCCGACCAGUUUGAUGAAAAAGAUGCUGAAGAAAGAAGAGGCCGAAGCUCGUUUUUCAAUUGGAUCUAUUUUAGUUCAGUUGCAGGUCCUUUGACUGCAGUUUCGGUCUUGAAUUACAUUCAAGAUAACGUUAGUUGGAGUCUUGGAUUUGGUAUCCCAUGCAUUUCAAUGGCAGUUUCAUUGGCCAUAUUCUCGUUCGGAACUAGAUCUUAUCGAUAUACAAUCAAAGUCGAGGAGAAUCACCCACUCUGGAGGAUUAGUCGUGUGUUUGUCAAAGCAGCUCUAAAUUGGAGGACCAAAUCUUCCACCAGUGUCUACAAUGUAGAAGGGCAAGAAACAGUGCCUCAACUAUGUUCCCAACAAUUCAAGUUUCUUAACAAAGCUUUGCUUGCACCAGAUGGUUCUGGAGAGUACGAGGAGGAAGCAAGCAAUGUAAGUGAAAUUGAAGAGGCAAAGACACUUUUAAGGUUGAUUCCUAUUUGGGUAACAUCUUUGGGAUAUGCUGUUGUCUCGUCUCAAACUUCAACUCUAUUUACCGAACAAGGAAUAACGAUGGACAGAUCUAUCAGUUCAAGCAUCGAUAUACCGGCUGCAUCACUACAAUGCCUAACCGGUUUUUCAGUUAUUCUCUUAGUUCCAAUUUAUGACUGCAUUUUCGUGCCGAUUGCUAGAAGUAUAACGGGAAGUCACUUGGGCAUAACAAAGCUGCAAAGAAUCGGAACGGGAAUGUUUUUGUGCAUUCUUUCCAUGGUUAUUGCAGCACUCGUGGAGAGCAAAAGACUGGAAACUGCUCGGACGUAUGGACUGGUCGACUUACUGAAAGAAAAGGUACCUAUGAGUUUUUGGUGGUUAGUGCCUCAAUACAUACUAUGCGGAAUGACUAAUAUUUUCGCAAUGGUCGGAUUGCAAGAACUAUUCUAUGAUGAGGUACCUUGCAAAUUGAAAAGUGUAGGCCUUUCAUUAUUUCUUAGCAUUCUUGGCAUUGGUGAGUUCUUGAGCAGUUUUCUCAUAUCCAUAAUUGAUAAUCUUACUCGUCGAGCCGAUGGAGAUGGUUGGUUUUCGAGUAACCCAAACAGGGCACAUCUAGACUACUUUUAUUGGUUACUUGCUGGACUUAAUGCCCUGGAGCUUCUUGUAUUCUUGUACUUCUCAAAAUCUUACAACUAUAAUGGAAAUCAAGGUCUUAUAUGA